AUGCUUCCCAAGGCAACUGCAGUCUCAAUAGCAAAUGACAUCCUCUUUGACAUCCUUUUGAGGAUGCCAGGGAGGGCCCUCCGCCGGUUCCAAUGCGUGUCCAAGCAGUGGUGUGCCCUCCUCUCUGACCCGGCCUUCCUCGCCGCACACAAGUCUCGCCGCCCCGACCUGCUCCUCGUCGACACCGGCUACUUUCGAGGAUACAAUGAACCUGAUUUGCGGCUCAGGGAUCUCAGCGGCAAUGUUGUUAGAGUGAUCGAAGGCGUCGGUGGAUCGGACAUCCUUCCCGCGACAAGCCUCGACGCCGGACUAGUGUGUGUCCUCGACCAUCCUUGCAAAGGUGUCCAUGUGGUUGAUUUGGCCACGGGGAAGGUGCUCUUGUCCAUCUCGGGACUACAAGUGAAAAGGCAACAACAUGAAUUUGCCAGAUGUCAGUAUGAAACCAUCGGCAUCGGCCGUACCGCCUCCUCUUGUGUAUACAAGGUGGUCCGGCUCGUCCGAGGUGAUACCUGUCAAGUUCUCACAUUAGGUGCCGACACAAGAUGGAGAAGGAGGAAGACACGCCCCACCAACAAGUAUUUCCUCGAUCGCUAUUAUUCUCCAAUCACUAUUGAUGGUGUCAUGUACUUCUUGACCGAAGGGGCAUCUGGCACCUUGCUUUGCUUUGACCUCGAAAAAGAGCAAUGGAAGGUCAACCCGAUCGAAGGUCCAUCGGAGUUUGUUGGUGCCAAGAGGUGGAGUACAAUUUCAGUCUACAUAACAGAGCUCAACGGUUUUCUUUGUUUGGUCCAAGAGGAGUAUGACAACGUGCGUAUGUUUCCAAAUUCACAUAAUUCAUCCACCAACAUAUGGAUCAUGCAUGAUUGUGGUAAAGGUAACUGGACCAAAGUGUACACAAUCCCAAUGAGCGUAUUCGGGUAUCGUUAUGCGCCUUAUCGUUGUAUGCCUUUAAGGGUGAUGCAUGGUGGCGAAAAGUUGCUUAUAGAAUAUGUUCCUAGAUACUACUACUACAUGGAAAGGAAAGCAUCCUUUGGACUCUAUGAUCCUCACACCAAGACAUGCACGGACAUUCUGCCGGACUAUCUCCCCGAAAAGAAUUUUCUCUGCAAACUGCAGUUAGAACACCUUGCGUCGUCUGUCAAUAAUUAA